AUGAUAAUGGGGUGUCGCAACGAGUGGAAUGUUGCGGCUCUAACACGAAGUGUUCGACUGCAGUAUGACCUACUGGACAGUGAAUCGGAUCAGAUAAAAACAGCUAGAAGCGCUAGCAUACGACGAUGGAAGAAACUGAAAGACUAUCUGUUUGCAGAUCGCCCAACUAAACCAACUUUGGAUUUUCGACCUCCACCCCUUUUGGGUCUAGUCAAAGAUAAAGUGACGAACUUAACAGCUCCAGAGCCUAUCCACCAGGCAUUGGUCUGGGUUGGAAGAAACAGCGAGGUAGGCAGGCAUAGAGGCUCAAAGAGCCUGUGCUUGGAUAUGGCUUCCGUCGGGGCUUCCGGCUUCCCGACUGUGGCCCUAAAUAUUGAGAUUAUCUUUGGCUAG